GGCCUCCGCCCCCGGCCCCGCCUUGCUGGGUUCGCCCGGCUCCGCCAGGCCCCUCCAAGCCUUUCCUCGCGCAGCCGCCGCCAAAGCCUGGAGAAGUGGAAUCUCGCCGCCGCUGCUCCCUGCGCGGGCCUCGCGGAGCCGCACUGGGCAUGCUCAGUCGCCGGAGCCAGUGCUGCUCUAAGUAGGAAGCUCGCGUGCUGCAGCCCGCAGCUGAUCCGGGUGCUCAGCGGACUGCGAGACCUGGGAGCCGGGUCCGGAGCCGAUCGAACGCCGCGCAGCGCUGCAUCCUCUGAAGAGAGACUUUCUGCUUUUAGGCUCCCAGCCCAUGUAGAAGACUCUACCAGUUGCAGGGGAAGCCUUCUGUGACUCGGUUGCUGAUCUCUACCUUGUAGAACUUUAGCAGAGCUUCCCUAUGUGUUAUCCUUCGCCUUCUGCCCUUAACGAGAGGUGCAGCUCUUGGCCAUAGGAACUGGUUGCCGCUGUCAUUUGAGGUUGAGCAUCUGUAGGGAGCUGCUGUGCUCUCCAGCCAAGCAUGCUGUGGUCGGAUCUGCCCAGCCCUGGAAUAGAAUCCUUUGCCGGAUGGAAAAUCCAUAAAAGAAAGCUCCUGUGAAGAGCUGAUUCCCACGCCGCUGAUUUAAGUGCGCCCAGCUAGCCCUCUCUCUGUUUCUGGAGUCCUUGGGAGUUCCUGAGUCCCCCGCUAACACUCUGACUGUCGCUAUGGGCAGAAGGUACCCAGAGGCUCGAGGGUGUCCAAGCAGCUCAUAUCUCAAAUUAUAACCGGUUUCCUGCACCAUUGCUGACGUCCAACGAUCCAUGUCAGAAGUACUUCCAGCUGACUCAGGUGUUGGCACCUUGGCAGUGUUUAUGGCCAGCAGCGGAACCACAGACAUUGCAAACCGGAACAGCCCAGCCACACCACCGAAUACCCUCAAUCUCCGUUCCUCCCACAAUGAACUAUUAAAUGCAGAGAUCAAACACUCAGAUGCCAAGAACAGCACACCCCCCAAAUGCAGGAAAAAAUAUGCACUGACUAAUAUUCAGGCGGCUAUGGGCCUCUCGGAUCCAGCUGUACAGCCCCUGCUGGGAAACGGCUCUGCCAACAUCAAGCUGGUUAAAAAUGGGGAGAACCAGCUCCGCAAGGCUGCAGAACAGGGGCAGCAGGACCCCAACAAGAACCUCAGUCCUGCAGCCGUCAUCAACCUAACCUCCGAGAAGCUGGAGGUUAAAGAUCCCCACCCACAGGAGUCCUCAGGCUGUGAGAUUUUGCCCUCCCAGCCCAGGAGAACUAAGAGCUUCCUCAAUUACUAUGCAGACCUGGAAACCUCGGCUAGAGAGCUAGGGCAGAACCUGGGCCCCUGCCAAGGGGUUGGAGAGGAGAAAGCCCAGCCUGGCCCAGGCCAGGCCCCAGUAGUCAUUGGGAAUGGUGACUUGCUGCCACAGAAACCAAACAAACCCCAGUCCAGCCCAGAGGAUGGCCAAGUAGCCACAGUAUCGUCCAGCCCAGAGACCAAGAAAGACCACCCUAAAACAGGAGCCAAAACCGACUGUGCCCUCCAUCGGAUCCAGAACCUGGCACCAAGUGACGAGGAAUCCAGCUGGACGACGCUGUCCCAAGACAGUGCCUCCCCCAGCUCCCCAGAUGAAACAGCAGAUAUCUGGAGUGAUCACUCAUUUCAGACAGAUCCAGAUUUGCCGCCUGGCUGGAAGAGAGUCAAUGACAUUGCCGGGACCUAUUACUGGCACAUCCCAACAGGGACGACUCAAUGGGAACGGCCUGUCUCCAUCCCAGCGGAUCUCCACGGCUCUAGGAAAGGGUCACUUAGCUCUGUAACGCCAUCUCCCACCCCAGAGAACGAGAAACAGCCAUGGAGUGAUUUUGCUGUUCUGAAUGGGGGAAAGAUUAAUAGUGACAUUUGGAAGGAUUUGCACGCAGCCACAGUUAACCCAGACCCCAGUUUAAAAGAGUUUGAAGGAGCAACGCUACGCUAUGCAUCCUUGAAACUCAGAAACGCCCCUCAUGGUGAUGACGAUGAUUCUUGUAGUAUCAACAGUGACCCAGAAGCCAAGUGUUUUGCUGUGCGUUCUCUGGGCUGGGUAGAGAUGGCAGAGGAGGACCUUGCCCCCGGGAAGAGCAGUGUCGCUGUCAACAACUGCAUCCGACAGCUUUCCUACUGCAAAAACGACAUCCGGGACACAGUCGGCAUCUGGGGAGAGGGCAAAGACAUGUACCUGAGCCUGGAAAACGACAUGCUCAGCCUGGUGGACCCCAUGGACCGCUCCGUGUUACACUCCCAGCCCAUCGUGAACAUCCGAGUGUGGGGCGUGGGCCGAGACAACGGCCGAGAGAGGGACUUUGCUUACGUGGCGAGAGACAAGGACACAAGGAUUCUGAAAUGCCAUGUGUUUCGAUGUGACACACCAGCAAAAGCCAUUGCCACAAGUCUCCACGAAAUCUGUUCCAAGAUUAUGGCUGAACGGAAGAAUGCCAAAGCGCUGGCCUGCAGCUCCUUACAGGAGAGGACCAAUAUGAGUCUCGAUGUCCCUUUGCAAGUAGAUUUUCCAACACCAAAGACGGAGCUGGUACAGAAGUUCCACGUGCAGUACCUGGGCAUGUUACCUGUAGACAGACCUGUCGGCAUGGACACCCUGAACAGUGCCAUAGAAAAUCUCAUGACGUCAUCCAGCAAGGAGGACUGGCCUUCAGUGAACAUGAACGUGGCCGACGCCACUGUGACUGUCAUCAGUGAAAAGAAUGAAGAGGAGGUCUUGGUGGAGUGUCGAGUUCGGUUCCUGUCCUUCAUGGGCGUUGGGAAAGAUGUCCACACAUUCGCCUUCAUCAUGGACACUGGGAACCAGCGCUUUGAGUGCCAUGUGUUCUGGUGUGAGCCUAAUGCAGCCAAUGUGUCGGAAGCUGUCCAGGCUGCCUGCAUGUUGCGGUAUCAGAAGUGCCUGGUUGCCAGGCCACCUUCGCAGAAAGUCCGGCCCCCGCCCCCGCCAGCAGAUUCAGUGACCCGAAGAGUCACGACCAAUGUGAAACGAGGGGUCUUAUCUCUCAUUGACACUUUGAAACAGAAGCGGCCGGUCACAGAGACUCCCUAGCAGCCCGGGUCUGGAGGGGUCUGACACCAUUACCUGAGGAUCAAGUAGCUACACUAAAGAAGUCGAUACCUGGCCUUCCACUCGGUUGCCGAUGCUUUGUCUCCAGAGAAUUUAUCUUUAACCAGACAGUGUUAGACAAGCAUGUGACCUCGUCUUGCCGCCACCAUGUGAUAUAAAGAGGAGCAUGAUUUUUUUCUUUCCUGUAAGUUACAUCAUGAGCAGCAGCAGGUCGUCUUCUUGUUGUAAAUAUUGUGAACAGGACUUCCGAGCACACACACAGAAGAAUGCGGCCACACCCUUCCUAGCCAACUAACACUGCAUCCUUGGACGAACGGUGCCCAAGUUCAUUUUGCUGUCCUCUUGACCGGAUCUGUCACAAGCCAACUUGGGGUCCCUCAGCGCUUUGCCCUGAUUUCGGAUCCUGAGUAACAGAUACCACUGAAUUGCUGUAACAAUGGGGCGACACCUUUGGGUUUUAGUUUUUCAUAACACUGAGCCUGUUGGUUGACAAAACUCGGCUGUUGGCGUUGGUACAGACACCAGCCACCGAGCUCUCUGACACAUGGACACAGGUUCACGUCUACAGCUAUUUGAGGUGCCGGGCAAAGGAGAACUUUAAAAUUGAUAGAAAACUAAAUUUGAGGAAUUAAAAUCAAGCAAAAAAAAAAAAAAGGCCUUUCUUUUCAGAUGGUUUUCAGACUGGUUAUUUUAAAAGAGAGAUUUACAGAGUCAUGAUGCAUUUGGGAUGGAACGUAUUUCAAACUUCUGCCUUACAUUGUACAAUGCAGCUAGAGAAUUAAAGUGUACUAUGGCCAUUCUCUACCCACACCUGGAAAAUGAAAUAUUCCUACCGUUUCCAUCCUUAGUUUGAUACUGAGCUAAUAUGCAAUUUAGAGUCGAGGAAAUGUCAUUUAUAUCUGUCACACGCCAUUAUUUUCGAUCUCCGCCGAGAUUCUUGUUAGCUCUCACCCUGGAGGUAAAUGCACUCCUGGGAUUCCGCCACUGCCCCAGCCUUUCUCUGCUCUUUGUCCAGGAAGCUGUCUGUCCAUCAUCUGUUGUCCAUGGCAACAAAUCUUAAGUUGUAAUUUUCCUGAAUUUAUGUGUUUAAUGUUAGAAGUUUGUUAAGACUUGACUAGUAGAUGUGUUUUUAAACAUCUAUUUUUCCAUUUUAUUUUCAAGAUUUAAUUUUUUCCUAUCAGCAAAAAUAAUGGAUUUCCUUAUAGUGACUCCCACAUACCCUCUUCCUGCCUCUCUUUUAUGUAGCUAAGGAACCUAAACCAUAAACAUAUACACAUGUAGACUCUUGUUUACAUUGUUAUUUUAAAAGGCCCAUCUUAGUAGUGUUUACUGUUAAUGUCAAAACUAAUAUCAUUAUAAAAUUGUGGGUUUUUUUCCCUUGCUCUGUACCGGUCAGAACGGUCUGCAGUUUUAUCACAUUGGAGCCUUACAUGGUAGGAAAGGCACUGACCUCGCUGAGGAAGUCAGAAUACAGAGCACCAAAUGCUAACGAAGUGACUUAGGAAGCCACCAAAGUUCAUGAGAGCCAGGAUCACGACCCACAUCUCAAAACUUUUACCACGUAUGCCUCCUCCGUGCAAUCAGGAGGACCCUUCGAAAAGGACUCUGGGGCCACACAGUGAACAGGAAUACUGUCAGGCAAUCUCAGAACUCCCCAGUGAGUUAAGGAAAAUGGCCACUUACCGUAAGCCCGUUGUCCUUUCUCAGUCCAGGACUGUGUUCCUUAAAUAUGUCAUAGAGGAAGAAUGUCUGUCCUCAGCAGCCUGGUCCCAUCUCGGACUUUCCAGAGAUUGUUACCUGUGGUAGGAACAUUCCCGGCGGUGGCGCUUAACCACUGCAGAACGUGAUGGAGCGACUGAGUGGGGUGCAGAGAAGCUGGAAUUUUCCACUGGCAUCCUAACGUUCCAGUAAAAGGGAUGUCACUGCUUGAGAGAGGGUGUUACCCUCGGUGCCGGCUUGCACACUAGCUGAAGUAACGGGUGCCAUCUGAGACAUUUCUGCAUACCGAAAACCUUAUUGUGCCCAGAGAAAAACUGUUUAGAAUCCCGUUAUCGCGGUCUCUAAUUCUGAUCUCUGCAGCGGAAUGUUUUAGGGCACUUGGCUUCAAAACUCUGAAGAAAUCCGCAUUUCUAUAGGCAGUCUCUACCCAAACCCUUUUCAUUUUUUAAGGCAUAUAUGUUUGUUUGUUUGUUUGUUUGUUUGUUUGUUUUCAGGAUCAAGAAGUCUGAGCUAGCUUUAAGCAGCAAACUGAUUUAUAUAUGCAAUUUUAGGAUGCAGUAAGAUGGAGGAUAGCCUUCUUAUGUGUGAGACACUUUUACUGCACACGUUCUGUUCAGAGAAUAGCUUUGCGUACUAAGUGCAGGUUGGGUUUUUUUUGUUUUGUUUUUUGGGUUUUUUUUUUUUUGGUAAAAUGAAUUAUGUUAAACAAUAUGUUCAGACACUUUCUGCCAUGGCCAAAAAGUAUGUAUGGAAGUCUGUUUGCAUUUGUCUGUGAGAGGAUGCCUAUGUUUUACCUGAGGUCUCUGUGACGCUUUUGUUACCUAUGCAUUCUUUAUAUCCGUGGUUUGGUAAACAGGCAGCCAUGUUCACGAUGCCUUGUGUAUCUUAUCCUUUUUUUUUUUUUAAUUAACCUGUUAAAUACAGCUUGAAAUAUUUUUAUUUUAUUUAUUCUAUUUUUACUGAAAUAUACUGCAUUAUUGUGUUGCUGUACUAUCUUUACUGGGUAUGAUGUCCUUGUAUCCAGGUCUUAAAGUAACUCAGUGAACUAUAUCCAUCGCCUAAGAGGUGGCUUGGUGGUGAUUUGCAGUCACAUUUCUGUUGGACUAUGUAGAAGGUAAAAUGCUUAAAGUUCCUCUUAUUUUUUGAAAGCAGAUAGAUAGAUGCGCCCUUACCACCUUAUCUGUGUGCCCCUUGGAAGCAUCCAGGGGGCAGCCGACAUGCCGUCUGGCGAAGACCACUACUUUGUAGACUAAGGCACUGUGCGGUGCUUCCUUUUUAUAUCUUCACAACACGUGUGAUUUCAUCAAAAAUAUACACACAGAGCCACAUGCCCUUCGUCUCCGCCUGGACUCAAGGCCACCCAUAGCUAACUAGAGCCACUGUUUUGUUUGUCUGUCUGUCUUACUGCACAAAGGGACGUUAGGCCCACUUCCAUUAAAGCAAAUUCUUGGUGAUACAACUGUUGGCACUGCUAAUUUUUUUUUCUUUUUUUAAUCCACAUUAGGUGUUUAAGAAGGACAUAUAACAAACCACUCAAAACUGGGCCUCUUAACUUGCAGCCCCCAAAACUCCCCUUAGUGUGUGGCACAUUCGCUUUAUGAACAUUGCAACACAAGACUCCAGAAACCACAUGUCUCCCUGACAUCAGCACAGUUUAAUGAAACCAAAAGCUCUCUAGUUGGCCCAGUUUAACCUAACAUCUGAUGUGUUUACAGCCAGUUUAAAAAAAAAAAAAAAGUAAUUGGGCCUGUUUCGGCAUGCUGGCAGUGUGGCCCAGUGGCACGGCUCUUGUACAACAUGCAGGGAUCUGUGUUUAGUCCCUGAAAAGUGUCGGGGGAAAGGUUGGCACUUCAAGGCGGUGAAGACAUCGCCAGGCAGCCACAUUGGCCACUUCCUCCUGGAAAGACAUCUUGUUUCUUUGUGUUGCCAUUUGCUGUUGAUCGUGUUUACACAUUUUCAUGUGAAAUGUCCUGGGAAUAAAUGUAGCUGCAUAAAAUCUUUGACUCCUUGAUCUGACAGCAUAUAUAAGAAACAAAUACAAAUUUAGUGUCUCUGCAGUAAUUUUAUUUUCUGUAUUAUUCUUACUUCAAAUUAAACCUUUAAAAAAA